UCGACGUAGACCAACAAAUCCAUUCCCUCUCGUGAAUCAAAAUCGGAUUUUGUCCGAAAUCCUAUCUGCGAUUUUCCCAAAUCCGAUUUGCAUCGAUGGCUCCGUUGGAGAUACAGCUAAGUGCGGCGAAGCGGUCGUACCGGAGCGCCAAGGAGAUUGGAAACCGGCGCGAAGAAGCACGGUGGGCAAACGUGGUCGGAGAUAUCCUCAAGAACGGAGGUGAGUACGUCGAAGCUCUCAAAUGGCUUCGGAUCGAUUACGAGAUCUCUGUCAAGCAGUUGCAUGAGAAAGACGUGCUUCCGACUUGUCAGUCUCUCGGCGAGGUUUAUCUUCGUCUCGGCGAUUUCAAGCAAGCCUUGAUUUAUCAGAAGAAGCAUUUGCAGCUUGCUGAGGAUGGUAAUGAUGCUGCAGAGAAGCAACGUGCUUGUACUCAGCUCGGUCGUACAUACCACGAAAUGUUUUCGAAAUUCGAGGAUGAUCAUGAUGCCAUUCGAAAUGCGAAAAAGUACUUUAAGUUGUCUAUGGAACUUGCAGAGAUUCUCAAGGGGAAUCCACCUGCUGGUGGAUCAUCUUUUCUCGAAGAAUACAUUGACGCACAUAAUAACAUAGGAAUGCUAGAAUUGGAUCUUGAUAAUUUGGAAGCAGCUCAUGACAUACUCACAAAAGGGGUGAAAAUUUGCGAUGAAGAGGAGGUGAGCGAAGAUCACGCUGGACGCAGUAGGCUUCACCAUAAUCUUGGAAAUGUUUACAUGGAGUUGAGAAAGUGGGGUGAAGCAAAGGAACACAUCGAGAUGGAUAUUAAGAUCUGUCAGAAAAUCGGUCACCGCCAAGGCGAAGCCAAAGGGUAUAUUAAUCUUGGGGAACUGCAGAACAGGGUUCAGAAGUAUGAAGAGGCACUUUCAUGUUAUGGUAGAGCUCUUAUCCUAGCCAAAUCCAUGGAAGAUGAGAGUGCAUUGGUUGAACAGAUUGAGCAAAAUAUUAGUACAGUCAAACAAGCCAAGAAGGUAAUGGAAGAAAUGAGGGAAGUUGAGCUUAAGUUUAAGAAGUUGUCACUAGAAAUGAAUGAUGCUAAAGGUACCCCAGAAGAACGAAAGCGUAUGCUUCAGGUUAAUGCAUGUCUUGAUCUUCUUAUUGAGAAAUCUAGCGUGAUAUCUGCAUGGGUUAAGCAUCUUGAAUUUUCGAAAAGGAAGAAGAGAUUAUCAAAUGAACUCUGUGACAAGGAAAAACUGAGUGAUGCUUUCUCGGUCGUCGGAGAGUCACACCAAAAGCUCAGAAAUUUCAAGAAGGCACUUAAAUGGUACACUAAGAGUUGGGAUUGUUGCAAGUCAAUUGGUAAUCUUGAGGGUCAAGCAGUAGCAAAAAUUAAUAUUGGUGGUGCUCUAGACUGUAUUGGUGAAUAUAAUGGAGCACUAAAAGCAUUUGAAGAGGGUUACAGAAUUGCUUUAGAAGCCAAUCUUCCUUCGGUACAGAUUUCAGCAUUGGAAAAUAUGCAUUACAGCCAUAUGAUCAGAUUUGAGAAUUCUGAACAGGCCAGGAAAUUGAAGGUCGAAGUGGAAAAUCUAAAGCGGUUAAAAGAAAGUAUGAUGACAGAACAUGCUGCAGAAGAUGGAUGUCCUGAGACCGAGUCAGAAGGGGAUGAGGACUUGUCAAAUGACAGGUCGAAUGCACAUCUCCAAACAUCACAUUCAACCAGAUCAAAACCAUUAGCAGAUUUCGAUAGUGAAAAUGAUGAUGCACCACUGGUUUCAUUUCCCCGUCCCAUGAAACGUUUGUCCAAGAGGAAAAAAGAUAACCCAGAGCAAGAUGCUCAUAUUGGGCAGACAAGUGCUUCUACAAAGGAGUUAUCUGAAAAAACAGGCAGUCAACACACAGCCACUGGGCACAAGCGUAUACGGGUAAUCCUCUCAGAUGAUGAAAGUGAAAACGAGUAUGAGGUGGGAUCACCAAAAGCCGGUUCUCUCAAAUUUCCAAAGCAGAAUGUUGAGGUCUCUGAAAGAGUUUACUGUAAGGAUAAAUCUACAAGCCCUCUAAAUAAUGUUGAAGAAAGUUCAUGCUCGUAUAAACCUCUUGAUCCUGUUGAGGUUGCUAUACGUGGAAACAAUUGUGGAUCUUUGGAGAAUACUAAAGCUGUUAAUACUGCUGACUGCGGUACAAGAGGAUCUCAAUGUGAUACUGGGGAUUCUACGGGCAUGCAACAAAAACAUGGAGCUGCUCUCAUGAACUUCCACUGCAAAGCAGAUGAUCAAAAAAUAAUAUUCAGAUUCGAGAGCGGCUUGCAACACCUAUUACGCUCAUGUUUUGUCAAUGAUAAGUUAUCCAUGGAAUCUUUGAAGGUGACACUUGCUUGCUUGUACUAUCUAGAGCUUCCUGAUGAAAAGAAAACCAAAGGUCUGUUGCCAAUCAUUCAAGACAUAGAAUGUGGUGGAAGAAUUGGACCGUUGGAGUUAUACAACACUCUUAUAGGUUCGGCUGGAAGUGUUGUGAUUGAAGCUUUUACUAAUGGAUGGGUUCACAAGCGCCUAAUGAAACUAUACAUGGACUGUUGCCAGGAGUUGUCAGAGACACCCAACAUGAAAUUGCUUAAGAAACUAUAUAUCUCAGAGGUAGAAGACGAAGUCAAUGUGUCUGAAUGUGAGCUGCAAGAUAUAUCAGCUGCUCCACUGUUGCGUUCCCUCCAUGUACACGACACAGUUGCUAUGCUGGAUCUCUCUCACAAUAUGUUAGGAAAUGGAUCCAUAGAGACACUGAAGCAACUUUUUGCAUCGUCAACCCAGAGAUAUGGUGCUUUGACUUUGGAUCUGCACUGCAACCGAUUCGGUCCGACUGCUUUGUUUCAGAUUUGUGAAUGCCCUGUGCUAUUCAAUCGGUUGGAAGUCCUUAAUAUAUCCAGAAAUCGACUUACCGAUGCAUGUGGGUCAUACCUUUCGACCAUAUUGAAAAGCUGCAAGGCACUUUACAGCUUGAAUGUAGAACAGUGUUCACUCACAUCUAGAACAAUCCAAAAGAUUGUCCAAGCCUUGGAUUCUGAAACGGGACUAUCACAGCUCUACAUAGGAUAUAACAAUCCUAUAUCAGGGAAUGCUAUUCAAAAUCUCUUGGCCAAACUAGCUACUCUACGCAGCUUCGCAGAGUUAAGUAUGAACGGCGUGAAGCUGAGCAACCAAGUUGUGGAUAGCCUUCCCAGAUUUGCUAAGACUCCAUCUUUGUCACGGCUUUCACUUGGAGGCAGUGGAAUAGGAACAGACGGAGCAGUAAAAGUCACUGAAUCGAUUUGUUAUCAGAAGGAAGAAGCUGUAAAGCUCGACCUCUCAUGUAGCAGACUAUCAUCUGCUUUCUUUCUUAAACUGAACAGCGAAAGCUCUCUAGCUUACAGCAUUCUCGAGCUAAACGUUGGAGGGAAUUCUAUCACUGAAGAGGGAGUCGGUGCUCUGGCUACGUUGCUUAGAAAUCCCUGUUGCAGCAUAAAAACUUUGAUCCUAAACAAGUGUCAACUUCGGCUCUCGGGAAUUCUUCGCAUAAUUCAAGCACUCUCAGAUAAUAAAAAUCUGGAAGAGCUUAACCUCGCCGAGAACGCAGAAAUGGACGAGAACCUCGCCCUCCUCCCAUUUGACCAACCUGUAAAAGAAAGCUCAGAAGAGGCAAAUCAGAAUCACAGAACUUGCAAACCCGCAUCAAUGGCGGGAGAAAUACGGAGACUAGAGAACGAACAACAUCAAUGUAAAACCGAUAUGCAUUGUGAGGAUGAUCUCGAAGUUGCAGAUAGCGAAGAAGACGAGCAAGAAGAGAAAUCUUCACUCAUUAACACCUCAGCAUUGUUGCCUCCAUCAGAGUGUUAUUUCAUCAGAGAACUCUCUGUUGCUCUCUCCAUGGCCAAGCAUUUGCAAGUUUUGGACCUAAGCAAUAACGGGCUCUCGGCCCGAGCCACUGAAACAUUGUCGUGGUCAUGGUCGGGGACGAGAAUUGGCUUGGCCCUGAGUCAUGUGAAAGAUCAGACUGUCCAUUUUUACGUGAAGGGAAGAGAGUGUUGCAGUGUGAAGCCAUGCUGCAGAAAAGAUUGAGUGAAGAAGAAAAGUUGAUUAUGCUUCUGUGUUCUUUUGAUUGAAUUGAAGUCCCUAAAUUAGAUGGUCAUAUAG